AUGGCUUAUCAGACCGUGCAUGGUCUUGUCAUUGAGGAGGUCAGAGGCACGAUCGGGAAUGACGCAGGUUUGGAUGCGAAUACCAAGGACUUGGACCUCCCCGAGCUCCACGCGCACCUACGGAAGAGAUUUCUUGGUGAUCCGAGCAGGGUCAAGGACUGGUACCAGUCGGAAGGAUUCCUUUGUGGCUACCCGCUCCUGUCUGGGUACAAAGAGCGGCUCAAACAGAUGGGCGAGGAGGAGGCCAAGGCCCGCUUCCUCGAGGACUUCGGGCCUCUCGCAGCGCGCUGGGCCGCCCUGGGCCUCGUGUCGGAGGCAUUCAUCACGAGCAGCCAAAUCUUGGCGAAUCUCGAGAGUUGGGGCGCGGCACUGGCAGUUGUCAGAUACAUAGACGGGAAGAACGGGAAUGCAAUGUGGCGAAACCGCUGGGCCAAGCAGGCGCGGGGGACGGUGUUGUUCGUGAACCCGGAGGAUCUGGGCGACGUGAGGGUGCUGAGCUUCAAGCUGCCCCGAGGUGCAGAGGUCAAGUCCUUCCUUCAUACUGAUUGGGGUGUGGAGCAGACGCAGGACUUCGAGGGAGAUGCCUACAGCCACCUGGACGACUGGACCAUCAAGACUUGUGACUGCCUGCGCGUUGGGGGCAGUAUCAGUGGCUAUCUUUCCUUCAAGGGUGAUGGUGCCCUGUUUACCCUAACUUUGGCCACCGGCAGGGCUGCAGAGCUCUGGCAGCCCAUCUUGGAGCUGUGUGGCGGCCCCUGGGUGAAGGCGUGGAAUCAGCUCUGUCGAAAUGUUUGCGUCGAAGGCGGAAUUGAUGAGGCUCUGGUCCUGAUUCCAGCAACCAACGGGGUUGCAAUCAUGGAAGACUUUAUGGUUGGCUACAUGACCACUGGAAUCCUUGUUGGCACAGGUGCAGCCACCCGAGACGGGCUGCUUGAGAUUCAACGGGAGGGCGGCACAGCGGCCGAUGCAUUGCUGCGACAUGGUACAGAUUUUGUGCGGAGUCUCGUUCGAUUCCGCUUGGGUGGAAGCAUGGAAAGCCUGGCUUCUGAAAUCGUCACUCUGUCCUUCGAGGUGAUUGUCUGUCAGCAGAAGGGACUCUUCAACGAUCAUUACCAUGCGGAGUUGGCUGUGAGCUAUGGCCGUGACCGUGCACUCUUCCUGGGAGCGAGCUGCUGCACCACCUUGCAGUUUUACCCUCACUACUGCUUUCAGCACCCCUUCGAGGAGCCACUCUUCUGGCCAGUGUCACACAGUGAUGACGUCGCUCGGAUGCUGGCGGCACUGGAGAAGCUUGCCAGGAAGGAGAUCACCAAGGAGGAGUUCUUUGCAGACUGCCCACCGGCUGCUGUGGUUGAGCCGAUCGAGGAUGCUAUUAUCGACUAUGAAGGCUGGGUCUUCCACGUGAUGGACCCCUGCAAUGCGAGCCCCAAGGGCACCAAGGGAACUCUCAGCACCAGCCUCUACACGAAGAUCAAGACGGCCGUGUACUACCGAUUUCACAAGCUCUCGAAGGACCUGGAGCAGAGCCUUGAGGUCGCCCCGUUGGUUCAGCACGCCUUUCCAAAGGCAGGGCGCCUACUGGAGGUCUUUGCCCCUGGAGCGCUGCAUGUCCGAAUGGCGCGGGUCAUGGAUCAGGUGAAGCGCUUAUUGAACUUCCGCGACCCGGAGAACGUGCUCCUGGCCCGCAUGAGGGCAGAUGAGCCCGGCCAGAGGAGCCCUCUGGACGGCUUCGAGACGCGGCCUUAUGAGGUGCAGUGCAAGAUCGCCAUCAACGCCAAAACAAGCCCGUUCGGCCAGCUUCUGACCGAGCUCUUCGCCGAGGAGUUCUCAUUUGUGAAAGAGGAGGAUCGGCAGCUGAAGGUGGCAUUGAAGGCCAUGGUCAUGAAGAUGGAGCCGUGGGCUGACGUGGCAAGGGAAACCAGCUUCGAUCCAAGCGACCCCGUGCUGGAGCCUCUGAUCACCGCCUGCCUGAGGGGUGCAUAG